AUGAGCAGAGAAGGAAAGGUGGUGUGUGUGAGUGGAGCGUCAGGUUACAUAGCUUCAUGGCUAGUGAAGCUCUUAUUACAAUAUGGUUACAAUGUCAAAGGAUCUGUUCGUGACCUAAAUUAUUCAAAUAAAAUAGAACACUUGGUUGCACUGGAUGGAGCCAAAGAGAGACUUCAUUUGUUCAAAGAAAAUUUAAUGGAAAAAGGCUCUUUUGAUUCUGCUAUCAAUGGAUGUGAUGGCGUCUUUCACACAGCAUUUCCUGUACUUCUUCAUUCUGUUAUUGACCCUCAGGCAGAAUUGAUUGAGCCAGCAGUGAAGGGAACACUGAAUGUUCUGAGAUCAUGUGCAAAAGCUCAAUCUGUAAAGAGAGUGGUUGUAACAUCUUCCUUGGCUUCAGUAUUAUACAAUGGAAAAGAGCUUACCUCUGAUGUGGUUGUUGAUGAGACAUGGUUUUCUGAUCCUAUUGUUUGUGAGAAUAUGAAGAAUUUCUAUGCAGUUUCGAAAAUUCUAGCUAAGGAAGCUGGUUGGAAAUUUGCAAACGAAAAUGGGAUUUAUUUGGUCACCAUUCAUCCAGGACUUGUGCUUGGUCCUCUAUUACAGCAAACUAUCAAUUCGAGUGUGAAAAGAAUUACGAAACUAGUGAAUGGACCUCAAAUGUUUCCCAAUUUAGUUUAUGCAUGUGUUGAUGUGAGAGAUGUUGCUAAGGCACAUAUUCAAGCAUUUGAAACUGCUUCAGCUAGUGGAAGAUAUUGUCUAGCUGCAUGUGUUGCCCACAUUUAUGAGUUUUUGAAGAUAUUAAAACAGCUCUACCCUGCUCUAACCAUUCCUGAAAAAUGUGAAGAUGACUUGCCUCUGAAGCCAAAUAGCCAAGUUUCAAAUGUGAAGGCAAAAAGUUUGGGAAUUGAUUUCAUUCCCUUGGAAGUGAGUCUGAGAGACAUUGUAGAGAGCUUGAAGGAGAAAGGUCUUUUUAACAUCUAA